AAAAGCUGAUAAACCUCAAUAUUGAAGAACAUUGUAAACAUCAACAUCCUAAAAAACAAGAAAAGGAAAAUAUCUACGAACUUACUAUCGUCUUUGGACAUUUUGCGCCGUUUUAAUUCUUCUUUUAGCAUAAAGUGUUCCUCCGUAAAAAAGCCCUUAACAGUAUUUGCAUUUGUUUAUUAACAAUCGGUGCAUCAUGAACGAUGCAAAAGUCAGCGUGAGUUUUUCUUGUCAGCGCUGCCUGCAACCGAUCCACAUCGAUGACUCGUUCGCAGCACUCGGGGAACACACACUGGCCGAGCUAGCAUUGCCCAUCAAUUCCCACAUUGAGGUGGACAUCGAAUCACAAUCGGCCAGCUUGGAUCACUUCGUGCCACCGUUUCGAUACACCGCGGAAUGCAGUGGUACCGACACCAACGGUUUUAUGUUGUUGUCCGAUGGUCCCGACAGGGAGUCUCUUAGUCAAAAUCUACGUGUCAAAGCGGAACUGUUCGAUACACUUUCGAACAAUUCGGAAAUCGAUCAUCCGCUUUGCGAUGAAUGCACUGAUACGUUGUUGGAACUGAUGGACAAGCAGUUAAAGAUGGCGGAAGAUGAAUGGAACGAUUACAAUAACUACCUGAAGAAGCUGGAGAUGACGGACGACGUACCAAACAUUGAUCUGCUUGAUAAGGAACUGGCUGAUCUAAAGAGUGAGGAGGAACGCCUAUUGCAAGAACUCGCUGAAUUGACACGGGAGGAGGACGCAAUCAAGCUGGCCGUUGAAGAACAGGAAGCCGAAAAACGGAGGCUUAGCAAUGAGGAAGAAAAAUACUGGCGCGAAUAUACCAAGCAUCGACGGGAUGUUAUCACCACAGAAGAUGAGUUCCGGUCGCUUGAAUGUCAAAUGUCCUAUGCUCAGGUUCAGUUGGAUAAGCUGAAAAAGACAAACGUGUUCAACGUUACAUUUCACAUUUGGCACUCGGGCCAUUUCGGGACAAUCAACAAUUUUCGAUUAGGCAGGCUUCCAUCGGCCCCGGUCGAUUGGUCCGAGAUUAAUGCCGCGUGGGGACAAACGUGCUUGCUACUGUCAGCGUUGGCUAGAAAAAUGAAUCUAACGUUUAAAACCUAUCGGCUGGUUCCGUACGGUAAUCACUCGCACAUCGAGGUACUGGGCGAAGGUAAGGAGCUGCCACUCUACGGCAGUGGUGGUUUCCGUUUUUUCUGGGACACCAAAUUCGAUGCAGCGAUGGUUGCCUUCCUGGAUUGUUUGCAGCAAUUCAAAGAGGAGGUAGUCAAAAAGGAUCCGGAUUUCUGUUUACCAUAUCGGAUGGAGAAGGGCAAGAUAGAGGAUUCCGCAACAGGCAACAGUUACUCCAUAAAGAUUCAAUUCAAUUCAGAGGAGCAGUGGACAAAAGCCUUGAAGUUUAUGCUGACAAAUCUGAAGUGGGGGCUAACCUGGGUUUCCUCGCAAUUCACUGAAGAAAAGCAUUAGCAACUUAGGCUGGAUUUGUGCCCCAUGAUUAGUUCAACAAAAAAUGUGUAUAUCUUGUUAGUUUCUUAAAACGUGUAGAUUAUGUAAUUAAAAUUGUAAUAGCUUGAAGCAGCUCGAAUGCAUAAUACCACAAUGAGGCAUAACUAUGUUA